CAGCUUUGGACUCAACCAUAAGCUAAAUACAAUGCUUAAAACAUCUUCUUUGAAACAACUAUCUGCCGCUCAAAAAGAUCUGAUUCCCUUUUUCUACUUUGCUACCUUUAAUGCUUCCCUUUCUCCAUACCCACCCUGGUAGUGGUUUUCAGUUUUUCAAAUUUCAAAUUCAAUUUCUUUGUUUUUCAUCUGGUUUUGUUUUAACCCAUUAAAUUUCUGCAGAUCACCCAUUUCAUUUAGGUUUUUUCAAUUUCUUGCUUUUCUCUAUUCUUCUGUUCUUAGUCCAUUUUGAGUCUAAAAGGAAAAGGGAGAAUUUUUUUUAGUUCCCUGUUUUCCUUCGCAUUCGUUUUCUUUUUAUAUCCUCUGUUUCCUUCUGAACAGAAUUGCCAUGACCAUGGAAAGACUGCAUGAAAACAUCGUUCCUUUUGGAUUCACCAAUGCUGCGGAUAUUAGGUCCUCUCUAUCGCAACUCAUACUAGCAGGAGGCAGCAACACAAUAGAUUCAAUUUUCUCUCAUUGCCCUGCAGCAACAACAACCAUUGAUAGCCCUGUUUUUGAGCCUUUAGGCUCUUCAGUCUAUCUCCGCCAAAGAGAUCUCUUGCAAAAAUUUUGCGAAGAAAACAAAAAGAGCACUAAUUCUUCAUUUUCUCGCAGUUUUCUAACGAAUCCAAUUCAAAGUUCUGUUGGUGCAAGCAAUUAUUCAUCUCCAAACAAGAAGAAAUUAUACAGGGGAGUGAGACAGAGACAUUGGGGAAAAUGGGUGGCUGAAAUUAGACUCCCUCAAAACAGAAUGAGAGUUUGGUUAGGUACUUAUGAUACAGCAGAAGCUGCAGCUUAUGCUUAUGACCGUGCCGCUUAUAAGCUUAGAGGCGAAUAUGCAAGAUUGAAUUUCCCAAAUUUAAAGGAUCCAAGCAAGCUAGGAUUUAUAGACUGUGAUAAACUAAACGCUUUGAAAAGUUCAGUAGAUGCCAAGAUUCAAGCCAUUUGUCAAAAAGUGAAAAGAGAGAGAGCCAAAAAGAGUGCAGCGAAGAAAAAUAAUGUUGAUGCAAAUAUUAGCGAUGGUGUUAAAGCAGUGAAAUUGGAUUCCAAUUCUUCAUCUCCUUCUUCAUCAUCUAUAUCGCCUAAUCUUGUUUUUAAUGAUAAUUGGUAUGGUGAAUUAGUUUCACCAACUGUUUCUGACGACGGGUUUUUGAUGUGUGAGAAUUCUGCCUCCUCUGUUUCUACAGAGUGUCCAGUUAUGGCACCAGAAGACAUGGAAUUUGAAGGUUGUUCGCUUGCAAGACUUCCUUCUUUCGACCCUGAGUUGAUCUGGGAGGUUCUUGCCAAUUGAGACACAUUUCUUGAUUGAGUCUAAAUUAUGAAACUAGAUUCUUGGUUUAGAGAAAUACAUGUUCUUUGCCUCUGCUUUCUUAUUUUUCUUAGUUCUAAGUGUAAAUUGUAGUUUCAUUAGAAUGAUCUAAGUAUGGUUUCUAGUUCUUUAUUUCCUGUUUGGUUACGAAUUUUAGAGGUGGUUUCAAUUUUUGGUGAAGGGUUCUCCUUUGUUUGCAGCUUGGCCUUUUUAUUUUUGUAUGAAGGCAUUGAAGAAGAAUAUGAUCAUACUACACUCGUACCGGUGUCGUAUGAGUAGUCCAUGAUCUUGAGUUUGUAGUUUUUACCUUAGCAGUAAUUCAAAGAAUUUUACAUCUUUUUUUUA